AUGACAGGGAAGCAAGAGCCUGGUGGUUUUUCUACAGGACUCCUAACCUUAGAGAAUGCAAUUUUCCAGAAAGGUGCCACUUACCCAGGCAGUGGAGACUGGGAUCUUUAUGGUGCCAUUCGGACCAAUGUAAAUGAUUUAGUUCAAAGAAGAGUUACUGAAGUCCAAACUUCAAGACUGACAUCCUCAUUGGUGAAUAAAGUCCAAGGUGGCCGCACAUUUGGCAGACCCUAA